CCUCGCUGGCCCGGGAAGAACCGCGCACCAUGGGGCCCUGGCGGCGUCUUCUGCUCUCUGGCGGGGUGUCACUCUGGGGUGGUGGCGGGGCCGCUGUCCCGCCCCUGGGGCGCCGAGCCCUGGGUUGUGGGCGCCAGUUAUUAGGCGCUGAAGGUGAGUCCUUGAAACAAAGAAGAGCACAAAUCAUGUCCCGAGGACUUCCUAAGCAGAAACCCAUAGAAGGUGUUAGAGAAGUUAUUGUUGUGGCCUCUGGAAAGGGUGGAGUUGGAAAGUCCACCACAGCAGUGAACCUUGCUCUUGCACUGGCAGCGAACGAUCCGUCCAAGGCGGUUGGCUUGUUAGAUGUAGAUGUGUAUGGUCCCUCCAUCCCAAAGAUGAUGAACCUGAAAGGAAAUCCAGAAUUAUCACCAAAUAACCUAAUGAGGCCUCUUUUGAACUACGGUAUUGCUUGCAUGUCUAUGGGAUUUUUGGUUGAAGAGACUGCACCAGUUGUUUGGAGAGGCCUUAUGGUAAUGUCAGCUAUUGAGAAACUACUGAGACAGGUCGAUUGGGGUCAACUGGACUAUUUAGUUGUUGACAUGCCACCAGGAACAGGAGAUGUGCAGUUAUCAGUUUCACAGAAUAUUCCUAUUUCAGGUGCUGUGAUCGUCUCCACGCCUCAGGACAUUGCGCUGAUGGAUGCACACAAGGGUGCUGAGAUGUUUCGAAAGGUCCACGUGCCCGUUCUUGGACUUGUCCAAAACAUGAGUGUCUUCCAGUGUCCAAAAUGUAAGCACAGAACCCAUAUUUUUGGUGCUGAUGGAGCAAGAAAGCUAGCACAGACCCUUGAUCUUGAUGUUCUAGGAGAUGUACCCUUACACCUCAGUAUAAGGGAAGCCUCAGAUAAAGGUCAGCCAGUUGUGUUUUCACAGCCUGAAAGUGAGGAGGCCAAAGCUUACCUGCACAUUGCUUCAGAAGUGGUAAGAAGAUUGCAACCACCUCCAGAGUGAUGCCCCAGUGUCCUGGAAAUCGCCCUGGUAUUUGAUAAUCACCAACUGUCAAAAAUGAGGAUUGUCGCAGAGUGUGGAACUCAGAAAAAUGAUGGCUGCCGUGAUUAUUUUCUUUCAUUUCUUCAGAAAUGGCUCAUUUUCAAAUUUGAUUUGACAGCCCAUGACUCGCAAAUAAAGUUUGUAUGUCUCUGUGGAAAACGGGUUUGUCAGCUUCACUGUGCUCCAUUCAUUCAGCCACCUCAUGAGGAACUGUGACCUCCAAGAUACUACAGUCCCAGGUCUGAAGAGAAAAGCACUCUCCUGCCGAGUCGAUGAGUCUGUCCAGCUGUUUCCAUCUACAUACGGAUGUAGGUGGAACACCUUGCCACCAGGCAGUUUGGUUCUGGUUCGGAUCUUGCCCGUAAUCCUGUCUUAAACAUGUUCUUGAUGGAGAGGACUUCUGCUUCAUGUGGCCCAGACAGACCUAGAGACUUGAUGAAUAUGAAUCUCUAGGAUUGGGCCAGGGUAUUGACAGUGAUUUUGAUUAUGAUAGUGUUUUAGUCACUGUUCUAUUACUGUGAAGAGACACCAUGACCAUGGCAGUUCUUUGAAAGAAUUUAAUUGGGACUUGCUAACAUUCGAGAGGGUUAGUCCCUUGUCAGCAUGGUGGGAAGCAUGAGGCAGACGUGGUGCUGGAGAGGUAGCCGAGAGUUCUACAUCUGGAUCACGAGGCAUCAAGAAGAGAGACGCUGGGCCUGGUUUGAGCAUUUGAAGCCCCAAAGCCCACACCCAGUGACACACUUUCUCCAACAAGGCCACACCCUGUCAUGUAGCACCACUCCCUAAUAACUAAGCAUUCAAAGAUAGCAACCAUGGGAGCCAUUCCUAUUCAGACAACCACAGAUAAUAAUUAUGGUAAUAAAAAUAACUUUUGUCAAGUGA